AUGGAUCUGCUGGAGCUGACCCAAGUUGACUGUGACUGCAGCACAGGUGGUGUGCUUGAUUCUUCUGUGUCCUCUGGUAUUCAGGAAUCUCCAGUACCAAAUGGCCAUUCUCUCCCAGGCAGAGAUUUUCUUCGGAAACAGAUGCGAGGAGACCUUUUCACCCAGCAGCAGCUAGAAGUCUUGGAUCGAGUCUUCGAGAGGCAACAUUAUUCUGACAUUUUCACAACAACUGAGCCCAUCAAACCAGAGCAGGCAACUGAAUAUUCAGCCAUGGCAUCGUUAGCUGGUGGAUUAGAUGACAUGAAGGCCAGUAUAACCAGCCCUACUUCUGCAGAUCUGGGAGCAAAUGUUCCUGGGCCUCAGUCAUACCCUAUUGUCACAGGUCGUGAGCUGGCAAGCACAACGCUCCCAGGAUACCCUCCACAUGUCCCUCCUGCCGGACAGGGCAGCUACUCUGCUCCAGCACUGACAGGAAUGGUGCCUG